CUAAAGUUUGCAAUUUGGUGAGGGCAAUGCCAGAAUUGGCGCGAUGGAACUGGUAUGUCGUCCUUCAGAUGAAGAGCUUCCGCGCAUUUCUUCCCCAGGACGUAUGCCAUGCCUUGGAUGAAUCGUACGGAGACAUUGCACCGGCGUCUAUGACUGUGUCGAUGGUGAGUGCGACGACCGCGUCAACACAUGAGGCUCGUUGGACAUCGUGGAAGCUGGAUCGAACCAAACUGGAUUCGCUCAUGAAACCAGAGUCGGAAGGCGAAGAGGCGUUGAAACAUGCUGUCAGAGCGUUGGAACUCCAACGGAAUGAACGUGUGGAAACACAUUUCUUUGCGUGCGGGAAACGAGGUGUGCUUUAUGCCGGGACGAGCCCAUCCCUUAUGCCCCCCGUCCUCAUCAAGGUCCAAAAGUUGAACGGAAUCAAGAACAACCCCAUUGACCGAGAAAGUCUAUGGCUCCGUCGUAUGAAUCGGUUACGAAUGGGCCCGAAGCUCGUCUUGGAAGGGCCUGGCUACUGCUGUUUCGAAUUCCUGGACGGUGUGUUGCAUGCUGUGGACUUCCUUCACCAUGAAGCGACGACAAAGGCGGAUGUCGCGUGGUUUCUGCGCCGCAUCUUCCAUCAAUGCUACGUUCUUGACGUUCUUCGCAUCAACAAGGCCGAGAUGACGCACCCCAUGCGCCACAUUCUUGUUCAUCAGGGGACCUGUGUGUUCAUCGAUUUUGAAAAGUGCUUGUACAGCCAGCAACCGCGAAACGUGACGCAACUACUGCAGUUCGUCACAUCUCCACGCGUCGUGGCCGCUCUGGCCGCCAAAGGACACUCCAUCCAGGUGCCUCUACUUCGAGACACCGCCAAGCAGUACAAGGCAGCUGGCCCGACCUCCGCAGCCUUUGACGCGCUACUGCGAGCACUCAACAUUUUCACUCUGCCCAGCAUCAAGUUGUAAAGAUCAAUAUGGAGCUCAUUUAGCAUCCCGAGAUGUCGAUACGUGUGAAGUAUAUUCCAUGCAGUUGCA